AUGGCGGAGCUCCACGAGGAGGGAUUCAACGUCGCGGACGCCAAGUUGCUGAAAUCCAGGAGGGGCCAGCCAACCAGCCUCUGGCAGAUCUCCCUACGUAACAGCGAGGGACGGAGACCCGCCUCCGAAAUCUACGGUAUUAAGAGCCUGUUCUACUGCAGACUGGAGGUGAGGAAAUUCACCAGGUCCGGCGGCCCGAUCCAGUGCCACAGAUGCCAGGAGUUCGGCCACGGCUCCAACCACUGCCACCGGGAGCUCCGCUGCGUGCGCUGCGGCGAUGGCCACCCUUCCAGCCUCUGCCCGAAGGAGGCGUCUGCACCAGCGAAGUGCUGCAACUGCGGCGAGGCACACUCUGCUAACUACAGGGGAUGUGCCAAAUUCAAAGCAGAGCGCCAGAACUCCUACGCAGCCGCAGCCAAGGCUGGGAAACCAACACCUGCCCCGGCGAAGACGCAGCCGCCAAAGGCACGAGGAUGCCCUCCCCCACCACCUCCAGUCGCUGACGCCGCCAGCCCUGACUCCUCCACUGACAGCCAGGACGAGGAUGACGGCUUCGAGACCGUCAAUCGCCGCCGCCACCGACUUCCACGGAACCCCAAAAACCGUGGAGGCCGCUCACCGGCGAGGGCCAAGGAUUCGAAGCCCCCCCCACCACCAGCUGCCCGACAACCUGAGAGGCCCAAGGAGCCGACCACAGCCCCCGAGCGCAGACCCAGGCCGACUCCUAGACUUCGCCUGGAAGUGCCGAAGCCUGCUCAGGCCACCACUGUUCAUGCCACCACUGCUCAGGCCACCACUGCUCAGGCCACCACUGCCACCUCCGCCCCUGCCCCCACAACCCACCCGGGACACACCCACGGCCACACAGCCCGCCGCCCACCUGCAUCAGGAACUAAAGGCAGGAAUCUCCGAGAUCCUCACCCAGCUGACGACCAUGGUCCAUAUGAUGGGCCGACUCAUGGAGCUCCUGAGUACCUCCAUCCAUGGGUAAGCUCCGGAUCGUCAGCUGGAACGCCAACGGGCUAG